UCUAUUUUAUAUCAGUUUUGUUGUGGAAGAAUGGCUCCUACUCAACCUUGCAUGUUUAUUAGAGAAGGAAGAUUUCUUAUGGAAUGGGACAAGCUUAGUAUAUCGAAUGGUGGCGCUAAUGCUGAUCAAGAUUUAGGUGUCAAUGCUAAUGAACAAGAUUUAGGCACUAAUAAUAUGAGAUUGGACGAGCUUAUUUGCUGGAAUGAUCUUCAUCUUCUCUCUCGAGGCGAUACUGAACAGGCUCCUAAUGAUCAAGAUAAUGGAGAAAAUGCUGAUCAAGAUGGAGAUGCUAAUGAACAGGUUCCUAAUGAUCAAGAUUUAGGCGCUAACGAGCAAGAUGGAGAUGCUAAUGAACAGGAUUUAGGCGUUAAUGAGCAAAAUUCUGAUGAAGAUGGAGAUGGAGAUGGUAAUGAACAGGUUCCUAAUGAAGAAGAUUCAGGGACGCUACUGAUCAAGAUAAAGAAAGAAAUGAUCAAGAUGAAGGCUCAAUUGAUCAAGAUGGAGAGACAACUGAUCAAUAUGCUGGAAGAACUGAUGAAGAGGCCGCUACUGAUCGAGAUUGUACUGCUCGAGACACUACUGAUGGUGAUGGAUACAAUUGAUGAAGAUGGAGAAACAACUGAUCAAGAUGGAGAUGCUAAUGAACAAGAUUCAGGCGCUAAUCCUGAACAAGAUGGAGAUAGUAAUGAACAAGAUUCAGGCGCUAAUCCUGAACAAGAUGGAGAUAGUAAUGAACAAGACUUAGGACCGCUGCUGAUCGAGGUGAAGGAAAAACUGAUCAAGAUGAAGGCACAACUGAUCAAGACAGAGAGACAAGUGAUCAAGAUAAAGACAAGUGAUGAAGAUGGAAACACAACUGAUCAAGAUGGGGAUGCUAAUGAACAAACUUUAGGCGAUAAUGAGCAAAAUCCUGAUCAAGAUGGGGAUGCUAAUGAACAAACUUUAGGCGAUAAUGAGCAAAAUCCUGAUCAAGAUGGAUAUGGUAAUGAACAAGAUUCAAAAACGCUAAUGAUCAAGAUGAAGACAGAACUGAUCAAGACGAAGGCAGAGCUGAUUAAGAUGGAGAGACAACUGAUAAAGAUGAAGGAAGAACUGAUCAAGAGGCUAAUGGUAGAGGCGGUACUGAUCAAGAAGCUACUCAUCAAGAUGGAGACAACUCAUCAAGAUGGAGACAUAAGUGAUCAAUCAACUGAAUGAUGAAAUGAAGAGAUUGAUAUUCUGCUUAUACAAAAUACAAUAAUUCACAAUUGUGUGAAAUUCUGUUUUCCAUUUCUGUUUUGAGAUUGUACUAAGUAUGGUAUUACUUCA